UAUGUUUCUAACUCUUCCCAUUUUAUGUUUUUUUGGUAGUUUGCGUCUGGAUCAGCUUUGUGGUAAGAGCUUGCGAAGCCUCAGGCCUGGAUUUAGAGCGUCCGACUCAGAUGCUGAGUCUGUGGAAGCUGCGUGUUCUUUUGGCACCAGCUACUCCCCAGCAAAUCCCUGCCAGAGGUUACGGGGAUUCGCUGAUCGGCUGGCAGAGCCACUCACGUCUCGCUCCCGCAUCCAGCUCAGCCAAAAAGAACAGAUACACUUUAUACUGCUGUUCAGUCGACAGGGGAAAUUAAGACUUCAGAAAUGGUAUACGACACUACCUGACAAAGAGAAGAAAAAGAUCGUUCGAGAAAUUGUUCAGAUUAUUUUGGCUCGCCAUCAAAAAACAAGUAGUUUUGUUGACUGGAAAGACCUCAAGCUUGUUUACAAAAGGUAUGCUAGUUUGUAUUUCUGUUGUGCAAUAGAAGACCAGGAUAAUGAGCUCCUGACACUAGAGGUCGUUCAUCGAUACGUAGAACUUCUGGACAGAUACUUUGGAAACGUGUGUGAGCUGGAUAUUAUCUUUAAUUUUGAAAAAGCUUAUUUUAUUCUUGACGAGUUUAUAAUUGGUGGAGAAGUACAAGACACUUCAAAGAGGUCUGCGGUGAAAGCCAUAGAAGACUCUGACAUGUUGCAGGAGACAGUGGAAGAGUACAUGAACAAGCCUGCAUUUUAAUGUUAAAACUACCUGGAAAGAGAACUGCUAUAUACACCUGUAAAAUGCACUUGCUGAAAUUGCUUCCCAAUGUGCCAGAUCCUCAGAGAAAUACCAAAAAACUAUAACUUAAAGGGGUUUGUUUGUAUAAUGAUCAAGAUGAAGGUCAGCUGAUGUAGCACAGGGUUUAACAAUUCUGUGUUUGGAUUACUCUGCAUGUGAGUUUCUGAGAAUUGUUUUUACCCUUGUUCUAGUUUCUCUUCUCCUUGCUGGACUGAACAGUUGUUUUGUAUCAUGUCUUUUAGCUAUGGGUUUUGUCAUCAUAAAAUGUUAAUCUGGCAGUACAUGGAAGAGGUAUAUUUACUGGUUUUGGUCCACUGCUGACCAUAUGACUCUACUUUUGUACAAAUGUCCAUUAUUUUGAAUGUAAUGAUUUUUCUGCUCUAAUAAUAAUUUUUUUUCUAAAAGCCAAA